UUCUGGACGUACAGAAAUACAACUUGGAAAUGAGAGGAGAAUCAACGAAUGAUGAAAGUGGGCAGGAGAAUGAUGAAAGCGGCGACGAAGAAAGCAGAGUCAGCAUUACAACAGAAAGGACAAACGUCACGAGGAAACCCGCCCCUAUAUCUACAGUAUCUACAUCAGUGACCACAGGGGGAAGUGGAAUCAUCGGCAGCAAUAUAACGUCAUUAAGACAUACUGGAGGACAGGAUGACACUUUGAUUUUACAUGUUGUUCUUAUUCCUACAUUUCUGGGUUUAGUCAUCAUAGUAUCCUUGUUCCUUUGUUAUGUUUACAAAGUUAAAGUAAAGGAGAUUCUGAAACAAGCCGUAAAACCGAUCAAGAAAAGAAGGAAGAAGGAAGCAGAAAUCAAUUUUAGAACACUGAAGGAAAUGGAGGACAGAAAUCAGACAUACACAGAUCCUUCCACAUACUCAACCGUCACUUCCGGUAAACUCGCAGAAAUCAAUUUUAGAACACAGAAAGAAAUGGAGGACAGAAAUCAGACAUACACGGAUCCUUCCACAUAUUCAACGGUUGAAAAUAAAGUGAUCGUUUCAUCACUUCCGGUAAACUCGCAGAAUCAACAGGAAACACUUCCGCAGGAUGAAAACUAUAGUGCAUUAGACAGGGAAAAUGACGGAAAGAAAAACACACAAAUUGACGACACCGAUUAUGACUCGCUGAAUCAUUCGAAUAGAACAACAAUAUCUAGUACCAGUGACAAUAAUUACAGUAGCCUAAACUCAGCAUUUAACAGUACGGAAAAUAUUUCGCCCAACCCUUAUGGUAUUUAUAACUGAUUUGAAAGUUGUAAAGGACUAUAUUCUGUAGUGGCCAGUAUCUGCCCCCAAAAUAAAACUUUGAUGGAGAAGUCUUUAAUUAUGUUCUAAACCAGGUGGAUAUUUGCAGACUUCAAAGCAUUAAGUAUUUUUAUCAACUAUGACAUCAUUAGUUAGAUAUGACGUCAAUAAAAUGACGUAAAUUCCAAAUUGCAAUGAUUUUGAGAGAAAAUAGCGUAUUUUACGUCGGUAUUUUGAUUGGAAAUUACCGAGCGCAGGUCUGCUCAGACUAGAUCUUUUGAUAUAAUGUGUAGAAUGAUAAUAUCAAUGAAAUAUGUGAAUAUGGUACCUGAGCAGGCUUGCGCUCUAUAAAUACUAUAGUCAAAAUUGAACAAACUCUGUGCAUUUUGGCCUCUAUUUUUAAAAAUAACGGAAAUCCAAAUAGUUUGUGACGUCACAGAGACAAGAAAAGCCAACUAAUUUUUCCAAUUUCAUAAUAUAUUGUCUUAAUUUGGAUUAUUUUAUACAAUAUAUACACUUUUUCUCAUUUCAAGAGAUUUUCAAAAUUUGACUAUUAUGGGGGCAGGAAUACGCCCUUACCGUAUAUAGUUCUUUCC